AAUCUGAAGUUUCUGAACUUGAGAUUGAAUAUUGCUCUGUACGUGAAUACAUCCAAGACGUGUUUACCUCUCCCUUUGCCGUCUACGAUGAUGAUAAAAGUGGAACCAUCCACAUCAUCGUUCAAACUCCUGGUCUUCAAUCAAAGGAGGAUCUUGAGAUCAAUAUUGGGGACGACGACUGCGAAGUUACCAUCACAUGCAAGCUUCAAACCAUUAGUAUAUCAGGAACGGUCGUUGUUAACACUCUUCCAAGGGAAAAUCCACUAAAAAUCAAUUUAAGGCUUCCAAAAAAAAUCGAUGAUCAAACCAAGGUCAAAGCCAAAGUUGUUAAUGGAAUGACCACGAUUACUUUCAAGACAAAAAUCAUCUCAAGACGCCUUUUAAUUGAAUAA